AUGAACCAAGCUUUGCUCGUCCGCUACGUGGUGCAGCAGAUGCGCAGUCUGCUGGGCUUCAUGCACACAAUUCCAUUCUGCGUCAGCAAUUCGUUCUUUAUGACGCAGAAGCAAAUUCAUGAAGGGCCGGUUGUUCAUCUGAAGCAAUGGGAGGCAGAGGAACGGUCUGUGUAUGAGUGCACGCAGAUGAUGGUAUUUCACUGCAAGCAUGUUACGCUAGCUAAACUCAGCAUUCCUGAUGACGUUGAGAAACAAUUGGGCAAAUCGUGA